AUGCCAAUUGAUCUCAACGCAACGCCUAGUGAAGAAGAUGAAGAUGCAAUACAUGAUCUAAAUCUAUGUGCCACCAUUGAAGAUGGAGAAGGUGCUGGUAUCCAUGGAGAAGUUGUGCAGGCCAUGCAAGACCAAAUCCAUGAAGUAGAAGACCGUGAGCCUGUUGUUCAUUCAUCAAUUGAUCUUAAUUUGCAUCUAGAAGCUCUGAAUGUUUCAAAAACAAAGAUGCACAAGGUCUUCAAGGAAGGUCUGGUUCGCCGUCACUCUAGUACCCUUAAGCCUUAUUUGAGGGAACAAAAUAAAAGAGAACGGCUUCGGUUUUGUUCGACUAUGAUAGAUGAGCAAACAGUUCAUACUGAUCCAAAAUUCAAAGAUAUGUAUAACAUUAUCCAUAUUGAUGAGUAG